AGAGAGAGAAAGAGAGAGAGAGAGAGUAGGUGGUGUGGAUAGGACAUGUUUUAGACAGUAUCUUCAAAAGUGACCCACCGUACGUUACGGCCGACAGCAGCAAAGGGCAGCAAAAUGGAGCCACAAGAGAUUCGAGAGGGAUACUUGGUGAAAAAGGGUACGGUGCUAAACUCCUGGAAGGCUGUGUGGGUGGUGUUGUCAGAGGAUGCAGUCGAAUUCUAUAAAAAGAAAACGGACAGUUCUCCGAAAGGAAUGAUUCCACUAAAGGGAGCAACCCUCAGCAGUCCUUGCCAAGAUUAUGGCAAGAGGACGUUGGUUUUCAAGCUCACCACGGACAAGAAGCAGGAUCACUUCUUCCAGGCCUCACAUGUGGAGGAGAGAGAGUUUUGGGUGAAGGACAUCAAGAGAGCCAUUACCUGCAUACAGGGGGGAAGAAAGUUUGCCAGGAAGUCCACAAGACGCUCCAUUCGCCUGCCUGAAACAGUCAACCUAAACGAGCUGUACAUACUGAUGAGGGACCAAGAUGAUGGAGUGAAAGAGUUAAAACUGGAGCAGGAGAAGCGAGUCUUCAACCACUGCUUCACAGGGGUGACUGUGAUAGACUGGCUGAUUUCUAAGGGAAAGGCAAGAAAUAGGAAUGAGGCUCUCAUGUUAGCAACAGGGCUCCUGAAUGAGGGUUUUCUCCAGCCUGCCGGUGACCUGUCAAAAGAGGGAGCAGAGAGUGGAGACCAAACCGCCUUCUUAGACGAAACACUCGCUCUUUAUUAUUUUACAGACAGUGGGUUCUUCUGUGAAGGCUACUCGAGUGAUGAAGACACUUUGCUGAAGGAAGAAUUCAGAGGAAAUAUCAUAAAACAGGGCUGCUUGCUUAAACAGGGACACAGGAGAAAAAACUGGAAGGUGCGAAAGUUCAUACUGAGGGACGACCCUGCUUUUAUGCAUUAUUAUGACCCUACAAAGGGCGAUGACCCGCUGGGCUCCAUCCAUCUCCGUGGGUCUGUGGUUACAGCUGUGGAGUUUGUUCCUGAUGCCAAAAAAUACGACGUUGACGGCAACCUCUUUGAGAUCAUCACCUCAGAUGAGACUCACUACUUCCUUCAAGCGGCUACUGCUGAGGAAAGAAAGGAGUGGAUCAAAGCAGUGCAGGCAGUGUCAAAAAGUGGGAAGUAACAGCUGGGAGCACCAAAGCAGCUGCGUUAUGCGUGCCAGCCAAGGUUGAAUCUCUUGAUUGUCAAAUCCCCCAUUUGAAAUCCAGGUAUUUACAUUCAUGUCAGCUAAGUAAAACUAAAUUAUUACCUAAAUGUAGUGCUGUGUCAAACUAGUGUAACUGCUGAGUUUUGCUCCUCUAUACACUAUCAAAGAUUUUGUGUGGUAACUUAUUGAAGCAAAAAAAAACAAACAAACAAAAAACUAUAUGAUUUAAAUGUAACAGUAUAACGUCAUCUCACCAGUGUAUCGUUAAAUUGUUGUAUGCAAAUGAUGUCACAAUACUGAAUUGUCUGUAAAUGUAUUACACAGUUAAAAUAACAACAAGAAUAUCAUUGUUAUAUUGGGUUUAUUUUCUACACUAAGGCAUAAUUACAGCAAGGUCUAGUAUGUUAACCUGCUUACAAUAACUUCACAGUAAAUAAUGUCAGGCCAAAGGUUUGUGAAUACAAAUGUGGUAGUAUCACUAUCUGUAACUCAUACUAUAUGAAUGAAUACGAAUAAAGUUUAUGAACAAUAA